AUGUACAGCUUUUGUGAUAACAAUAAUGGCAGCAGUUAUAUAUGGCAAACGGAAGGCAAGGAAUGUAGCUCUAUGGCAAAACAAGAUAAGCAAUUCUUUUUUUUUUCACCUCGUGGAAAUUUUCCCCAUGUUUUCUCCUCAUGCUAUUACAUAGUAAUUGAUUUUGAUUUGCAGCACUUGAAGGAAGAAACAGCAAACAUAGCAAAGAAGAUCGAGAUCCUUGAAGUUUCUAAGAGGAAGCUAAUGGGUCAAGGUAUUGGAUCAUGUUCAAUGAAUGAACUUCAAGAGAUCGACAGCCAGCUGGAAAAAAGCCUGAAGAAUAUCAGGGCAAGAAAGACUCAAUUAUUGAAGGACGAAAUAGAACGGUUAAAAGCCAAGGAAAAACAAUUGCUUGAAGAAAAUGAAAGGUUAUCUGAAGAGUGUGGGCUAAGGCGGAAACCAGAAGCACCACCACCUCCCCUAACACGAAUAUCCCAACAGAAAGAAACGGCAAGCUGUAGCCAUAGUGUCCAGAAUACAGAGGUGGAGACUGAUUUGUUUAUUGGUCUUCCUGACAUUUGUUGGUCGUAGCUGCUGGAAUAAUUUGCUCAAAUUCGAUAGAAGCAUUAAAAGCAUGCAAAUACAAAAAAAUAAGGUAUACGAGUGAAAGAUCUUUUUUGCGUUUUUUCCCUUUGCUGCUUCUUGCUUAAUGUAUCUAUAUUUCCAUGAAUAAUGGUUGUAAAGAAGCCUGAUUUAAUUGCAUAUUCAUAAAGCUUAUUCUCGUU